GGAGUGAUGCGUCACAAACCCGAGCUGCAUCUUUAGUGGAGACAUCAGCUGAGUCGUGCGUUAAGAAACUGAGAGAAUGUUGUCACUGCCGGACUGGAGUCGUAUCUUCCAGGGAGAAGCCAAUGGACUUUUGCAUGGUGACAACUGGAAUCUGGAAUUUGACAACUCUAUUAUAUCCGAACAGCCACAACAGGGAUGGAAGGGGUACAUCAGGAGCACAAGUGCAAGGUUCCAGUGCACCGGGUGCCGCAGAGCCUGGCCUUCCAACCGAGUGAUGGUGAUCUUUCACAUGUCCCUGGUGAACGGGCAGGGCCAGGUUAAAGUGAGGCGCUUCCGCCAGAACUGCAAGAGGUGCACCAGCGCCCCAAUGGUUGAUCCAGAUAUAGAUGCACAGAACAUCGCCGUCCUCAUGAAGAAUCUGGUGAAAAAGAUAAGAAUCAAGUGUUACGGUGAAUCACUGGAUCAAGGCACCUUCAAUCGUGAGAAGCUUGAAGUCAAGAGUCCUCAUGAGCCUGAUCACUGUGAGGGAUGUUUGGCAGGCAUCUGUACAAGAGAGUAAGCUAUUUAUAACGCUCUCCAGCUCUAAUUAGCUGCUGAUGCUUAUUUGCAAUUGCAAUAAUGUGUUACCCUCGGUUUUUUUUCUCAGAUUUAAUAUUUGGAAUAUUUAUCACAACCGUUGUCUUGCUUGUAUUCCUACUUGUCCUGUGCAACUAUCUUAAUAUUUACCACCAUAAAUGUAUUAGGUAAAGCUGUUUUGCCUAAUGAUGAAAUGAAUGGCAUUGCACUGAAGUGUGUGAAGGUAUUAAAAUGUUGGAAAGACA